AUGACAUCAGAUACCAUAGUUGCUCCUUCACUUUCAACUUAUCAAGAUGACUCUAUGUUUUCUUUUGAUCAAGUAAAAACUACUCAUAACGCAAGACUACAUUUGAAUUUAACAGAUUCUUCAGAUAUUAAGGAAAUCAAAUCUCGUAUUUGGGAUUACUAUUCAUUACGUGAGUUGGUAGAUUAUUUGUCCCAAAAGGAAGGAGAUGAUUACAAAUACAAACGUAUAACAUUGCAGUUCCCAGAUUCUUUGGUUUGUGAUUCAGCCACCAUUGUUCACGAAUUGCAACGAGAAAUGGGUAUUUCCCCACUGAAUAAUUCUGACUCGGGUGUUGACAAUAACACUCAAAGAAUUUGGAUUCUAGCAGAUACAUCAUAUUCAGCAUGUUGUGUUGAUGAAGUUGCUGCUGAGCAUGUAAAUAGUGAUUUAGUUGUUCAUUUUGGAGAUGCAUGUUUAAAUGAAGUUGAUAAAUUACCAGCAGUAUUUGUUUUGGGGAAACCACAAGUCAACAUUAAUGACAUUGUCAAACAAUUUAAAGAAACAUAUUCAACUGAUCAAAAAAUUGUACUUAUGUCUGAUGCUCCUCAUACCUAUUUACUUCAUGAAAUACGUGCUGAAUUGAAAGACUAUGAGAUAGUAAUUGCGGACUUACCUUCUACUCAGAAAUCUACAUUGAUUGGAUAUACUCCCACCACAUCAAGUUUUAAAAAGUUUAAUAGAAGUUUCCCAGAAGAAUUCGAUUUUUCUGAGUACGAAUUAUUCCACAUAACUGUACCUGAAUCACCUAGAUUAUUACAAUUAACUACUAGUUUUUCUACGGUUACCACAUAUGAUCCUAUUCUGAAUUUAAUCUCAAGUGGACCAUUUCCAAAUCUCAUGAGACGUUAUAAGUUUGUACAUCAAGCAAGAAUGGCUGGUACAGUAGGAAUUUUGGUGAACACAUUAUCACUUGCAAAUACCAAAACAUUGAUCAACACUAUAAAGGAAAAAAUAAAGGAAGCUGGUAAAAAGCAUUAUAUAUUUGUCGUUGGUAAGCCAAAUGUUGCCAAAUUGGCCAAUUUUGAAAGCGUUGAUAUUUGGUGUGUCUUGGGAUGUGACCACCAAGGGAUUAUUAUUGAUCAAAUAAAUGAGUACUACAAACCAGUCGUUACACCAUAUGAAUUGUUAUUGGGUCUUAGUGAUGAACUUUCAUGGACAGGAAAAUGGAUCACUGAUUAUAAUAGUGUAUUACAAGAAUACGGAAAUGAAGUUAUUCAAGAGAAAGAAGAUGUUGAUACUGGCGAGGAUUUACCACCUGAAUUUGAUCCUGUGACUGGGAAGUAUAUCAGUACAUCAAGACCGUUGCGUCAAGUUAACCAUUUGAUGGUCACUGCUGAAGGUGAAACCAAUACUAAUAAUCAGUUGGUAGAGAGAUUUUCCAAUGUCGUUGCCAUCAAAGGAACUGUAAGCACUUCUGCAAUUCAUUUGCAAAAUAGAGAAUGGACUGGGUUGGGAAGCGAUUAUGCUCAAGACGAAAAUGAAGGAGCAGUAGUCGAGGAUGGAAGAAAAGGUAUUGCAAGAGGAUAUGAUAUUUAA